AUCAGAUAUUAUAUCACUUCGGUCUUAGCCAGUCCCCGGGAAUUAUCGUAUCGCACUUCUUAACAAAAGUCCAUGAUGUCGUCGAUAAGGAGAGUAGCUAAUUUGGCAUUAAAUAUGAAGAAUAUUAGGUUAUCUAGUAACUUCAACAGACCUGGUCCACCUUUAUUGCCACCUGAAGAACAAAGGGAGUUUGAGAAGCUGCAAAAGGAAGCUACAGAAACAACGUUACUGUCGGAUGAUAACAAUGACAUGCAUAGAGAUGCCGUUAGAGAAGCUAGACGUACAGAAUUUGAGGGUGAUAUAAAUCCCGAAACUGGUGAAAUCGGUGGUCCGAAGAGAGAACCUUUACGUUGGCAAUCUGAGUGGACAUACGGUGGUAGAGCAACAGAUUUCUAGGUUAUAUAGAGAGAAGUUAUAGGUAUAACGAGUAGAUAGUGACAGAUAUGAUGUCAAAUGAUUUGUACAACGGGAUUGUGGACCUUGAUACAGAUGUUUUAUGGUUUAUAUACAUUU